AUGGAAUAUGAAACUGGAGAUCAUGAUCAGUAUCGAGUGAAGAUGGAAUGGGAAGUAGGUCUUCCCACCACUCACGACGAGCUAAUACCUUUAUCUCAGUGCUUGAUUUCUUCAGAGCUGGCGUCGGCUUCCGGCAUAGUACCAGAGCCGUCGCAAGAUACCUUGGCGAGUCUCCGGUCACAGUCACAACCGUUGUCUCCGUCGUCGAAUAAUUUCGAUUUCAUACUCUUAGAGGAUCAAAGGACGUCAAAGAAUUGCGUAACUGUGGGAGGAGACGACGAGGACGACGACGACGACGUGGAUUUUCCAUGGGAGGAUGAUUCGGAGUUGAUGAAACGGAGGAAGAUGAGGAAUAUCAACGACGCCCGUUUGCGACUAGUUUGGACCUCAGAGCUUCACAAGAGAUUCAUAGACGUGGUGACUCAUUUAGGUAUAAAAGAGGCAGUUCCAAAGACUAUUAUGAAGUUAAUGAAUGUGAAAAGUUUAACUUGCGAGAAUGUCUCGAUUCAUCUUCUAAAGUAUAGAUUGUUUAUGGUAAAGAUGAAUGGACUUUCCAACAAGAUGAAAAGGCUAUCCAUCCACGAGUCUUCUUCUUCAGAUCAUUUGUUUGGUUUAGUGCCACGGGAGUCCAGUGGACAGGAGAAAUUGAAUGUUACAAGUCUACAGCAAAUGAUGUCAAUGACUAAGUUAUGCUUAGGACAUGCUCAUGGAAAUCUUUGA